AUUAAUGGAUUUUCUCUUGACAGUUUUAUAGCUGUUUUUCUGUUUUAUAGUUAAAAGCUUCAGAUGUGACCUAAAAUUUCUUUAAUGAAGAAACAAGUAGCCGCAGAAGUGUUGUUUAAUGGUUGUUACUAUGCUUCUGGCAAUUAGAGAAUUUUUAAGAAGACAAGGGCCGCACUAAAUGCGCAGGUAACAAUAUCCGGCAGAAUAUAAAUAUUUUCAGAAGCACUUAGUUAAGAAGUAAAGUUGAUUUCCUGCAGCGCAGUGUCGUACUCUACAUAGUAAUACUGGGCUGUGGUCGUAGCUUGUGCGUACAAGAUUUUAUGGAUUUCUGACAAUCAUGGAUGCUUCCAUGGCUUGUUGUUAUGUAAUUCUUUUGUUUCUUGCUUUUAGCGCCAGUUCUCUUGCUCAGCAGUGCAGUCAUUCUAUCCUUCCGUCGACUAUUCCACCGAUUGGCUCUGAUAAUCCUAACCAGGCAGACGGGCAAUGGUACGUAUACCGACAAAUGGGAGAUUUUUUCGGCUACUUUCCUCAAAUGAAAAUCACCAGUGUAGCCCCGACGGUCGAUCCAUUUGACAAUCUGCCGUCAUGGCUGCAGUGGUGGGAAAUAACCGGAUAUGUCAGCCCGACGGCAGCGGGAUGUGGUGACUCGGCGGAGUACUGGUUUUUCACCGGAACAUACUCCAACGGAGGAAAACAAAUCGGCGAUUUAGGGAGCAAUCAAAACGAUUACAUCAUGCGCCCGACGGAUUACGUUGUGCUUUACCAUGACUACAGUAGUCUGCUGGUCAUCUAUGGAUGCCAGCGCGUGCAGUCGGAUGGACUCUGCGCCACACCGUCCAUCAAUGUUUUAACUCGCAAACGACCCGAUCAACUAUCGACCAACGACACCAGCAGCAUCGAUGCGACGGUUACUUCCAUUUUUUCGAAAUAUUGCGUCUCUGCACAAGAUCUUUCCCAACCAUGGGCUUCUCAAGGCGCCGUCGUUAAAUCCCCUUGUGAUUUCAUUGAUCCACCAUUUUGCAUUGGUCAGGACAUCCAAGGAAUGAAGAAUACCAUAGUCAAUACAACAAGUCAACCAGCCGCUAGCGGAUCAGCUAACUACUCGUAUAGCGCGAGUACUACCGCUGCACCUGCAGGUUGUAAAUGGCCGAAUUCAAUGCCGUCAGCAGGACCCAUUGACCCGACAUUGAAUGCCGGACUGUAUUGGGUGUAUCGGAGAAUUUUCUCACCGGAAGCGAUCCCGGUCAACCAACAGGUGACAUACCACGACGUAGGACCGUCCACCUCGCCACUGGUCAAUGAUUCAGCGCACACCUACUGGAUCGAGUACGUUAACUACGACAGUCUCAAUUCCACGGACUGCGUGUACGGCUUCUUCGUGGGGACGAUCGGACAGAGCGGACUGCUAACCGGACUGAUUAUACCGAACACGGCGGCUGGAGCACCACAGCCCUUCACCCUGAUGACCCUACAUUCCGAUCAGACAUCGGUCCUCUAUUACGGAUGCGGAGCGCCCAAUCUGCAGACGGGGAUCUGCGAUGCGCCGGUCGUGGUGCACAGUAUUCGUCCCAAUCCACUGCAGAUGAGCCAGGCCGAUAAAGAUGCACUGGAUGCGUUGGAGAAUUCGUUUUUUAACAAAUAUGGUUGCAAUGCUGCCAAUGACGUAGCGCUGAUUCUGCACACGGCUAGCAAACCUCUGUGUACUUUUGUUGCACCCACGGAAUGUAUGCAAAAGCACAUAACCGGCUACGAGCAAGUAGCCAACGCUAGUGCUACAACCGGCACAACAUCGCCGUCAAAUAAAUAUUAA